GAUGGGGGUGCAGGUGGUGGUCACCCUGCUGGCCGCCAGCCUGAUGCAGAAGAUGGCCCCGCACUGCUCCUUCGCCCGCUGGCUGCUCUGCAACGGCAGCCUGUACAGGUACAAGCACCCCUCGGACGAGGAGCUCUGCGCCCUGGCCGGGAAGCAGCGCCCCAAGAGCAGGAGGGACAGGAGGGCCAGCGGGGUGGCAGAGGACAGACCCCUGUCGGUGCCACGGGACAUCGAGCUGCAGCUGGACACGAGCCCCAUCACGGCCGUGGACGCGCUGGUGCUGCGCCAUUUCCUGGAGUACCAGUGGUUCGUGGAUUUCUCCGUCUACGCCGGCGCCGUCUACGCCUUCAGCGAGGGCUAUUUCUGCCUGGUGAGCCCCGCCAGGGAGAGCAACCUGGGCGUGCUCUGGUGCCUGCUCACCGUCCUCUUCUCCGUCAAGGUGUUCUGCAUGGUGAUGCGUCACUACUUCCGCUCGGAGGAGGGCGGUGAGCGCUCCGUGUGCCUCACCUCCGCCUUCUUCUUCCUCCUGCUGGCCAUGCUGGCCCUGGUGGUCCGCGAGGAUUACCUGGAGUUCGGCCUCGAGGCCGGGCUGGCCAGAGUCUCCUCUAACCUGGAGCCCAUCCUGAAGCCGCGGGGCUGGGAGUGGACGCUGCCCCUGGCCAGGCUGGCCUUCAAGCUGGGGCUGGUGGCCCUGAGCUCCUUCCUGGGCGCCUGCCUGACCUUCCCGGGGCUGCGCCUGGCACAGACACACCUGGACGCGCUCAGCAUGGCGGCCGGCAAACCCCUGACACAGGUCCUGCUGCACGUGGGGUUCGUGGCCCCUGUCCUGGUGGUGCUGCUGUGGGUCCGGCCCCUGGCCCGGGAUUUCCUGCUCCAGGCCCCGCUGGGCAAGCAGAGGGUGCAGAUCCUGUCGGACGCGUCCUUUGACACGCUGCGGCUCUGGGCCGUGGUGGCGCUGUCGCUGCUGCGGCUGCUGGGGACGCGCCACCACCUGCAGGCGUACCUGGGGCUGGCCGAGCGCUGGGUGCGCCGCAUGCGGCGCCAGGCGGGGCGGAUCCCGGCCCGCGACAUCCAGCGGCAGAUCUCCAGGAUUUACUGCUACGUGUCCGUGGUGAGCCUGCAGUACCUGGGGCCCGUGAUCCUGACGCUGCACUGCGCCCUGCUGCUCAAGACGCUGGGUCACCACUCGUGGGGGCUGUACCCCGCCGUGUCCCCCGCCGUGUCCCCAGCAGCGCCGGUGGCCCCGCCGCGCCCCGAGGGGGACCCUGGGGACAGCGGGGACGUGCAGGUGGUGGUGCAGGAGAUCUCGGGGCUCCUGGGCUGCAUCUUCACCCCCCCCUUCUUCCGAGGACUCUUCUCCUUCCUCACCUGGUGGGUGGCUGCGUGCCAGGUGAUCACCAGCCUCUUCGGCCUCUACUUCCACCAGUACCUGGCAGCGUCCUGA